AUGAAAUCCGUAUCACCCACCUCACCCUCUCAACCCGUCAGCCCCGGGCGGGCAAAGCACCUCGAACGAAACCGCGUCGCCGCCAACAAAUGCCGCGAAAGAAAGAAGCGAGAACACAAGCAAAUCGAGCGUCGCCUUACAGACGAAACCGAAAAGAAAGACAUACUCUUAGCACAAUUGAACUGUUUACGAGAAGAAGUCUGGGAUUUGAAAAACCUCAUCUUCCAACACGCCGAGUGCCAAGACCACCAAAUCAACCACCAACUCGCCAGGAUGACCCAGACCGUCCUGCAAGGUCCUCCCAAUCAGGACCCCAAUUCCAGCCUGCCCACGCGAUCAUCGCCCACAUUUUCGACGGGGACGUGGUCCGAUGAGUCGGUCGCAGAUGAUGCAAAUGCCAACCCCAUCGGACCGGGCGCUUACAACAACGAUUGGACGGUUUUGCCUGCAAUCGCAAACGAUUUCACCCCUUACGAGCCGAAUGGUAACGGAUUUACCGAUUCGUUGUUUGAAAACUUUAUCAAUGCCGACAAUGGGUAUACCUAA